AUCACAAAAGGGUCGCGUGGCCGUCAGGUUCGCACCGGACCGGUGUCCGUAUUUUCGUAAGCUGGUGAAACGAAAAUCAGUGUUUUCCCGUUCGAGAAAGUCUGGGAAAAUCCGGUUAAAUUGUGGUGGAUGCGCCGGGCGAUGCACGAGUCCACAAACUUUAGUCCCGAAAGUAAACCAGAAUGGGUUUUCCGGCGUCGUGGUUCAUCUAGCGUAUCCCUACUAUCCGCAGCUCUUCCCUCUCUGUCUAGCAAAAAAUUCAAACAGUUCACCACUUUCCGUGAUAGAGUCGCGUGCCGCACAGUUCUGUUCAAACUGUCAUUGCUAAAGCAAGUGCCGCACACGAUGGCCAAAAUCUGAAUUCGUGUCUAUCGAUGGUUCGGCAUGACGCUUUUUCUCGGGAUUCUUUUACUUACCCUCACCACCUUUACGGAUAUCGGCCAAAUUUCUGCAAAUAAAUCGGCAAACCCUCUUGUUAUAAAAGCAGGAGCCAUAGAAGAGGACUGCACCGAUUUUCAAGGACAAACGAUAGCUCAUGGCCUACUAUAUGUCCCCGGUCCGGCGGUGUGCACGAUGUGCGUUUGUUAUCACUCGGAGCCUAUGUGGUGUAAAGCGAUUUAUUGCGAUCCGCCUUACUUCUGCAAGGAAUUUCGUGUGGGCGAGAGAUGCUGCGAAUUUGAGUGCUUAAAUCCGCCGGGCGAUGAGGCCUCGAAACUGCUGGAGAAGUAUCGACAAAAAUUCAAGAUCAAUUCGCAAGGGAAAUGCUCAAUUCUGCCAAUGAUGAUCAUUUUAAUAAUAGCCGGAUUGAUAAGGUCGUUCGUUUGAAAAUGUUAUCCGUACCAAAGCUUAGCAACUUAGGGUAGAUUUCUAUAGCUUUUUGACCAAUUUACUCACGUUAGAGGUUUUCGGAAUACUAUUUUCUCGUUUCUUUCUUGUUUGGUUUGUCUUCCUCUGCAGGAUUCUACUAUUACACGAUUUGUGUGUAUUUUCCAAACAACUGUACUGUAGGGUAGUUCGAUUAUGGAAAUUGGAUUUUUUUCUCCAACUUUUCGCUUCUAAAGUUAAGGCGUAAUAUAAGGUUUGUACAAAAUUUUGUUGGCCUUAGACACAGUGAUUGAAAGUUUAUAUACUUGAAAUUCUACGUAAACGUUGUUAAAUGUUUAAAUUUUAAUUACCUUUGUAUAAAGACAGAUGCGGAAUAUUAUUGGUGCAACUCUAGUUGCAAUUGUCCUUGAACAUUUUCCAGUGUAUCUAUAACAUUACUAAACAGUGUCUCCCGGGCGCUUGCAACGUCCUGAGUUUUUUAUUUCUGACCUUUCAUGAUACAGGGUAUCAACAGGCUUUCUGUACAUUUAUAUCUCUUUUUGCUAGCUAAAUAGCCAUUUUUUAGCGAACUGACAACCAAAGCGCCAAUAAUGUUGCAGUGCAUCGUAAACCGAUAUUUUUUUAAAUGCCCUGUAUAUUAAUCAGUGCUUAUUAAUACUGAACGCUAAGCUAUUAUGUGAUAUUAUCUACGAUGCAUGUUUCCAACGAUAAUGUAUCAGUACCAACGUUGUUAUCCCUGACCAAAUUGUUGCAAAUUUUACAAUCGUUACAAAAACUCUACUUACGAAACACUUGUACUUUUCAGUUAUACCAAUUCGAAAUAAAUUAUAAACAUGUAGUCCUACUUUGUUAUAUAAACUGUUGCUAAAUUAAAACUUUAAAUACACUUAAUAAAGAUUUUUUCACUAUAUGUGCUGUAAGCUGUUACCCUUAACAAUAUACUCAACUGUUGUUAUUUAACUUUACUAGUGACGGCCAAAUAUGUCAAUUAUUUAUACUUAAUAAUUAUACCUACGACAUACCGUUACGUAACACAUAUCUUGACAAGUUAAACCAGUGUAAUUUUAAAUGGAAUAAACACUUAUU